AUAAAAAGAUCCUAAACUACGCCGGGUAUAUAAAUAAACACCCUCACAAAAUUGAACUUUAAAAACCUCUCAGUCUCAAUUUUUGAGCUUCCCUCACUCUGUCACUCAUACGGAAUUCUGACGCUCGAAUUGAACUUCAAAGCUCGUUCCAGGUUCUUCCCCCUCCUGCCCUUGUUCAGGGACAGACAGGCCUGAUUUAAUUCUUGCAGUCAGACUAAGAUGAGUUAUUGUCGAAGUUCUGCAUGCAACGAUCAACCAUGUAGUCAAUCUCAGAAAAUGUCCAUUGGGAUAGUGGUAGAAUCGUUUGCUAAAACUCGUUGUGGACCUAAAGAGAAAGCUGAUGUUUCGAUCACGGGAGUAGAGAAGGAAGCAUCAACGGUAGAGGUAAAGCAUAAUGUACACAGAGGAGUACUGGGCUCAAGCAGCGUAGCUAUGUGUAAAAAUGAUGUCCAGGAGGGUUCAGUAAGGGUCACCGCUGGGUCUCUUGCUGCAAACUUGGUAAUGAAAGACCUUGAACAUAUUGAAAACCAAGCAUCUAAACCAGCUAUAAGCAUUUUACAUGGAAACCAGUCAGUGAAUACUAUGAAAUCUUUUGUGAGUCAGACACUCUUAGAACCUGGUGUUGCCAAGAAGACCGAAGCUGGCGGGGCUUAUGGGAAGGAAAGCAGGAAGGCUAGUAUAAAGGAAACAUUCAAGAUAUUUUCAUGUGAACCCAAAGAGAAAGUGUGCAUCCAAGUAAAAGAGGUGCUGCAAGAGAAGAUGAAUGAUAUGGAGAACAGAAGCAAAGAAGCCCUGAGGAUGAAGUUGCGUGAGAUAUUAGGAACUGCUCAUUCUGACGGGAUGUUUGGUAAUGCAAAGAUUUUUGAAAAGAAUGCUAAUGAGAUGACGAUGGAGAAAACUACUAAAGGGGAUGCCCACUUCAAGCCUCGGCAGAAUUCUGAUUCUAUAGAAACUGAUUCUGAGAAUGCAGACAUGACAAUAAAAAGACCAGUGACUCGUUCUCUUGCCAGAAGGAGGGGUCCUGCUAGGAUGCGGCCAAGGAACUUAAAGCCCAAGUCGUGUGAUAAAGAGGAACCCGAACGUCAAAGUAGGGACAUAUUCUCUUUUGGUGAAAGAUGUGCACCUUCACCACCUCGUGCAGUAAAUUGUGGCCGUGCCAAAAGGAGUUGCGGAAUCAAACCAGGGGUUAUCUUAUGUCCUGCAACAAACUCUAAAAACAUCCAACCUGAGAUAACUGGGUGUGAAAAGGCACCGCCUAUUGAGGAUUUAUCAUUAGGCGGUGGAGCAACGUAUGCUAAGUAUGGUUGUUUUAAUGAGAAUCUUGAACCUGAGGCAGCGAUGCAGAAUUCUGAUAUCACCCACUCCCCUGUAGUCAGAGAGAGAAGUCAGCCGCCCAAUGCAGAGACUCCAGCUCCUCAGGAGAAGUUAGAGGAUCCUCCAUCCAUUGGUGUCCAAUCUCCGGUGCACCAUGCUAAUGAUCUGAACUGUCAAUGGUUUGAAGUGAAUAAACCUGUGCUGAAUUCUCCAACGGGCUCAUGUCCACUAACCAAUGAGAAGCAGCACAUCCAUGGAUUUGUACAACCAGAUGGAGGAGCUGUUUCUAAAGCUAAAUGUCUAUCUAAAAGCAGUACAGCUUCAGAGAAGGGCAAUUCUGAAUCAUCUGAUGAUGUUGAUGAAAACACACAUUUUUUUACCCCAGAGCCAUCUACAGAAGACAAAGAUGCUGCAAACAGGCUGUUCAACCCUGUGAGAGGAUAUUGCACUGACGAGAUUUCAUCUGCUAAGAAAGUCUAUCAAGAAGUAGAAGAUGUUUACACAUCUCCGGAGAUCAGUCUUGUGAGGAAACCUAUGCUCUUCAGAAGCAAACGACAUUGCAGCCAUGGUGUUGACUUUAGUGAUUUCAGUCCUACCUUGCAUACUCCAAGAGCAACUGGGAAUGCUGAUGAUGUAUUAACAGAGUGCCUGGAUGAAAGUCCAAAGGAUGAAUUGGGAAGAGUGGUUUCUCUAUUAGUUUUGGCUUUAAGAAAGGUUAAGAGCAAAAUGAUAUCAGUGACAAACAAAAAAUGCUCAGAAAUACUGGUGUCUGCUGCCGAAGAAAUACAUUCACAUCUGCGGAGUGUUGAGUCUCAGAUUCAGACAGAUUUAGGAAAACUAACGAGCCUCAAGGCAUCUAAAAGAAAACAUCUGGAGACAAGACUUCAAGAACAACAGGAACACUUGAAGGUUCUGCAUGAAAAGUUCAAGAAAGAGCUCAAUCAAUACCUUCAAGAGUGCAAAGGUGCAAUGGAAGGACUGGAAUCACAGCAUAUAGAGCUACAAGGAGCUAUAGAAAAGCAAAAGGCAUUACAUAGGAAGCUCCUUUCGCAAACGGAAGCAGCGAUGGAGGCCCAUCUCAUUGAUGCACAAAGACAGAUGAUGUCUGUUCAUAAGUUGGGAAAACAGAAGAUGCAGCAGUUGAAAUUCACAAUAGCUGAAUGCUUAAAAGAAGGAAUUUCCCAUUGAUCAGUGAACUGAGGCACCUUGUACAACACGUCUGGAUAUAUUCCUGUUGCGGAGGCCUCGUGUUAGUCGUGUAUGCUCAUUUCUGAACUAUGUGAUUGGGUUAGGGCGUUCUCUUGAUUCUAGCAUGUGGCUCGGAUUUGGAAUGCACAUUUUCAUGAAGAUCGUUUUGUAAUUAAGAUGACAUCCCUGAUGCUAAAGCUAUUGCCUACUUUAUCCUUGAGUAAAGGUCAGAUAUAAGAUUUUUUUUUUAUGGCGCGAAACCAGACUGUCUUACACAACAUCAACAUAUAUAAAAUUGAUUAACUGA